AUGGCGGAUUUCACGAAGCAGCUCGCCGAGCGCGCCAACACGAUCAACAUGAACGCCGGACCGUCGCCCCUUCCGGACGCAGCACUCCUCACGGCUGCCGCUUCUCUCCUCUCGUACCCUGAAACGCCGGGAAUGGGCAUUGCAGAGAUCUCGCACCGCUCGCCCGCCUUCGACAACGUCGUCGUCAAGGCCAACGACGAUUUGCGGAAGCUCCUCGAGAUCCCCUCCAACUACCGCAUCCUGUGGAUGCAGGGCGGAGGCUUGACUCAGUUCGCUGCGACGGCGCUCAACCUCCUCGCCUGGUACCGCAUCAAGAACCAGCUCAAGCCCGAAGACGAGGUCGACGCGUGGUACGCUGUGACGGGAAGCUGGUCGAAGAAGGCGGCAGAGGAGGGUGCACGAGUCGGCGUCAACGCCAAGAAGGUAUUCGACGGCAAGAAGUACGGCGGCGGCAAGUUCAAGGGCAUCCCUCCCGCGAGCGAGUGGGAGAUCCCUCAGCUCGAGGAGAACGGUCGCAAGCCGGCAUUCGUCUACUACUGCGACAACGAGACGGUCGACGGAAUCGAGUUUGGCGGCGUCGGCAGCGAGACGGCCUUCCCCUUCGACAAGUUCGACCCCGAGGUCCCCGUCGCUGCCGACAUGUCGUCCAACUUCCUCUCUCGCCCGGUCGACGUCUCGAAGUAUGGCAUCAUCUAUGCAGGCGCGCAGAAGAACCUUGGUCCGGCAGGCGUGACGCUCGUCAUCAUCCGCGAGGACCUGAUUGUCGACCUCGACGAGGCUGUCAAGUACGGCGGCGCGCGAGUUCCUUCUAUGCUCAGCUACAAGAACAUGGCGGACACGAACUCGAUGUACAACACACCUCCCACCUUCACCAUCUACGUCUGCUCCCUCGUCCUCCGCUCCCUCCUCGCUUCGCCCCCUCUUCCCCUCUCUUCCCCCGAUGCUCGCCCUCUCUCUCCCCUCUCCGACUUCGCCGACCAGAAGUCGUCCCUCAUCUACGCCGAGCUCGACGACGGCUCGGGCUUCUACGUUGGGACAGCGGACAAGGCUGUGCGGAGUCGGAUGAACCCGACUUUCCGGCUGAAGGGCGGCGAGGAGCUAGAGAAGAAGUUCGUCAAGGCGGCGAGCGACAAGGGCAUCAAGGGCGUCAACGGACACCGCAGCGUUGGAGGCAUCCGCACGUCCAUCUACAACGCGGUCACGCUCGAACAGGUCAAGACGCUCGUCGCCUUCAUGCGCGAGUUCCGAGAACAGAACCAAUAA